GAAUGAUUCUUUUAAGGCGCGAGGGAGGGGCUGAGUGGCCGAAGAGAGUCUGUCGGAAUAAGCGCUUGAUGUUAGACGUGGUCCCUAUCCUCACAGCAUCCAGCACAGACACGCGUCCCCAGCAUCACCCCGCAUCCAGCUGUCCAUCCCGCCGGACGCGGGCAGCAUCCACCUGCGCUUCUGAUUCGGGCUGGACCACCAUCAGUGAGACGCACCGGUCCACACCCCCCGAGCGGAGCGGACCGGACCGGUGUCCUUUCAAACCACGAGGGCCCACCUUCACUGCCUCUCAUCCAAUCCACACGCUAGAGAUGUGACGGCCAAUCACACGCUUCCAUUUCUGCAUUCUGUAGCUUUUGGGACACGAGCCACGCCCAGUUAGAUGGAGGAGAAAGAGAGGAGCAGGAGUAGAUCUCCGCGGAGGGUCCGUCGGGUGGAGCAGGUGGUGGGCAAAUGGCUGCGUCGCUCUCGAGACUCUCUCAGCAGAGAGCGGAUUCUGGGAGGCAGGAGGUUUCGCUCCGGGGAGUCGGGUCAGCAGAACUUCCCUGUGAAGGUGACAGUGGAGGUGAUCAGAGAUGCUGUGCUGGACUCUCAUGGAUUUACUCUCUCAACACAACACCCCCUGCUGGUCAGGGACGUCACUGCAGGAGGUCCCGCUGACGGUCAGCUCUUACCUGGAGAUCAGAUCCUGAAAGUCAACAACAGAGCCGUAGAAGAUCUUUCUCCAGAAAAUGCUGAGAAGAUGAUUCGGGAAUGCCGGGACUCUGUAACCAUGACGAUCCUCAGAAACAUGGUGAAUCCAAAGUCAUCGUUCAUCACGGCGGAGAAGAGAGCUCGACUGAGAAGAAACCCGGUGAAAGUGCGCUUUGCAGAAGAGGUUGUUGUGAACGGUCACACUCAGGGAAACUCUCUUCUCUUUCUGCCUAAUGUUCUGAAGGUUUACCUGGAGAACGGCCAGACCAAAGCCUUCAAAUUUCACAAGAGCACCACUGUCAAGGACAUUGUGUUGACUCUGAGAGAGAAGUUGUCCAUUCGUGCCAUUGAGCAUUUCUCACUGGUUCUGGAACAGCAGUAUAAUACCAAUAAACUACUGUUACUGCACGAGGACGAGCUCAUACAGAAGGUGGUGCAGAAGAAAGACUCUCAUGACUACAGGUGUUUGUUCAGGGCGUGUUUUAUACCCAGAGACCCCAUCGACCUUCUGCAGGAUGACCCCGUGGCCUUUGAGUAUCUCUUUCAACAGAGUGUUGGAGAUGUGUUACAGGAACGAUACGCAGUGGAGAUGAAAUGCAACACAGCAUUGAGACUCGCGGCGCUGCACAUGCAUGAAAAAAUGGCGAGCUGUGGACAAACCACCAGAGCAUCAGUCAAGAGUAUUGUGAAAGAGUUUGGUUUGGAAAGUUUCAUCUCUCCCACCCUGUUGAGAAACAUGAGAGAUAAAGACCUGCGCAAAGCCAUCAACCAUCACAUGAAGAAGAUCCAGUCACUGCUGGAACCACGACAGAAGGUGAUUUCUGUGUCUCAGGCUCGGUUGGCUUAUCUGACCCAGAUGGCUGAGUUGAUGUCAUACAGCGGGAGAACCUACAACGCCACCAUGCUGCUGCAGGACAGAGAAUCAUUGGUGACUUUGCUGGUGGGAUCGAGAUACGGCAUCAGUCAAAUACUGAACCACCAGCUCAACAUGAUCUCCACCAUCAUAGACUUCCAUUACAUCACUCGAAUAGAGGUGCUGUCAGAGACCGACAGAAUCAGCAUGGUCAAGAUCUACCUGCAGGACAUUCAGCCUUUAGCUUUACUCAUGGAAUCAGUGGGAGCUAAAGAUUUGGCCUGUCUGCUGGCUGGAUACUGCAAACUCAUGGUGGACCCCACGAUAAAUGUGUUUCGCUGGGGACCCAGACCUAAAAUGAGACGCAUUCCUGCAGAAGGGUACAUUUCUCGGUGUGGCAGCGAUUCACAAGACAGUUCAGAAGAUGAUUAUGUCAUGGAAGGCCUGCUGGACGCUCAGCUGUCAGAAGACACCAUGUCCAAUCAAACGAAUGACGGCACAGAGGAAGGUGACGAAGACGAGGCGGACAGGAGGACUGAAGCAGAGAGGCUGAGAGUGAUCGUAACACAUCCGUGUUUGGAGGACGAAGGAGAGGAGGAGGCCGGAAAGAGCGAGUCCGUUGCGGACGAGGAUUACUCGGUUACCAUGGGUUGGUACACGGACCCUCGAGUCAACAGCAGCUUCUCCAGUUUAUCCAGUAACUCACUGAACGCACUGGAGGAGAGCAUCAAAGUGGCCAUCGGUGGACUGGACUGUGAGGAUGCUCCUCAAGAGGAGAAGUUCAGUUCCGGCACGUCAGAUCUGGACGUUCAUCAUCCGUACCUGCUGGAGGUGCCGGAGCGUAUGAAUCAGAGGGGGAAUUUAAACAAACCCAGACGACCUUCUCAACUGACCUACAAUGAUCGAUCGGGUCUGCGCUUCGUUGACCUCUCGCAAAUGUCUGACAGUUUGCCGAGUCCUCCCACGGCCAGCGAUGAUGCGUUGAGCGACGAAGACGAUGAGGAGGGAGAGCAGGACAAUGAUGUUUCCAGCAUGUCGGCUGAAUUCGAGGCGGUGUUGGCCUCCUGUAGCGCAUACAGCAUCAAUGCUAAAUUGGCAGGUGUGAAUUUUCAAGAACUUUUCUCCAGGAUUCACAGACAAGAGAGAGGCAGCAACAAUCAGACUGAUCCGAAACAACAGAGACGCUCAAAGACAACAGCACGAGCUGCGACCAUGAGAUCUGACACAUCAAAUGUUAAAGACUCAGAAUCAGAAGAGGAAUUCUUUGAUGCUCAAGAUCGAUUUACUCCUCCGGUAGCAGAGAAACGCACUACAGAGAAAUAUUUGGGAAACAAACAAGAUGUUGUCAGUGAUUUCAAAGCUCACAUGGAGAAGAAUAAGCAUCAAGAAUCCACAGCGAGCAAUGAAGAGGAAAGAAGAGCAGAGCUCAUCUCUCAAACUAACAAACAGAACAAUAAUGAGAAACCAUCUCUUGUUAAUCACAUCGCUCCGGAGUCUGCCAACACUGAAGUGGAGAUCCAUCAGCCCUCACUGAUUUUACCUCCUGAAUCUACACCUGUUGAACCUCUAACUGCUAACGUCUCGUCGGGUCAGAAAGCCCAGCACUGUAAUGGUGACAUCCCUGGCCGAAACGCUCAUCUGUCAUCACAGCUUCUGGAGAUGGAGCCGGAUACUAUGGAGUUCAAACCAGUCACUGGACCUGGACCAGUGAUGUCGUCUUCCCGAAUCACAGCGAUACGCCAAGCUACCCUUCCUCCCCAGAACCCAGAGACUCUUCAGAAUGGACCCAAACCUCAAAACGGAAUAUCUGAUCAUGCAUCGGUAUGUUUGGAGAAGACUCCAAAUCACGUGCGAGGACUUGAUACUCAAGACAUUGAGCCGAUUGAAAAAGAGCCAAAAACCAACACAGGAAACAUAACAGGAGAUAACAAGAAUUAUCUACAGCAGACUGUUGAAAGCAGAAAACCAGAGCCUCAACUAAACACAAAACCUCCAAUACCUCCCAAACCUUCAUCCAUCAUUUUACAGUCAACACCGCUUAAUGCCCCAUCACAAAAACCUGAAGCCAAGCAGAAUGUUCCCCCUAAUGGUCUUUCCCUACACCCCUGGUCUCAGAGAAAUGGUACCUCUCCACCUGCUACACUGAGUAAGGGUGUAUCUCAAAGUCACGAGAACCUGAGGACUGAACUCAAGACUGAAAGCUCUUCAAUGAAAGCGUCAAGUGCAUCAAACACACCGAGUCCUUCUCCCUUAGCUUCACCUUCUGUUCAGUCUGUCAGUAUCAUACCUGAAGAUCCAAAUCCUAACCUCCCCAACAGAACGGGCUCAUCCGCGCGUCUCUCAGCCACAGCCUUGCGUGGGAGAAUUCAGGAUAUGCCGUGGUACCUCACCCGUUCCCAAGAGAUUUUGGGCACUGUAGCACUCAGCAACACUAUUUCAUCGACAGGAAUCAACGGCACUCAUUCAACAGACGUAAAUCACGAAUCCAAGAAAGUUUCUCCUAAAGCCACUUCAGUGUCGUCUCUGAUCGAAUGGAAGGAGAAAGAUGCUGAAGUGGUCAUUGUGAAGCUCAAAGAUGGACCGGAGGAGGCCACCCCGAUUCCUGCACCAGCAUCAUCCAGCCAACCUGACCUGAGACAGCAAUUAUCUGUAGAAGAGUUGAACAAGCAUUUUGGGACGUGCAAGUCUGAACAGCCUCAGUCACAGAAAGAAAACCCUGUAGUUAUGAGACUGGACAAUGCUUCCUCUCUGUCUUCGUCGAGUCCUUCCCAUCGGGAUGCCUGCGGCUGCCAUACGGUGUACGCCAACUGUUUCAGUGGGCAUACGGAGGACAUCUGCGGCUUUGAUGACAAUCUGACCGUGUACGAGUUCUCCCGUCGGAACCAGAUCAGUAAACCUCCUCAACCCACACCGGUUCCACCGUCCACCCUUUCUGCCCCUUCUCCAAAUGUUCUGUCCCUUUUGAGAGACUCACCGCGUCCCCUCUCCAUGUCCUCUGAGCUCAGUCCACUCCUGAUCCCACCCAGACCGCUGGAAUCGUUGUGUCUGGACCACAGAUCUGUAGACAAUCCCUUCCGCUUCUUACAGGGCCAUCGCUACGUGAGCAGCCAGAAGGGUGCUGGGCUCAAAGAGAGUUACGCUUCUCUGCUGCGAGACAUUGAUGAACUGCUUUUAGUGUUGAAGAGAGGACCAUCCUCGGUGUACCCCCCCACUCGCAAGGGAGAGUGUGAAAACGGCAACGGUGUGAUCGAGCAGACAAUUUCGGAGACGGAGAGAUGCCUGGUUCAGGCCGAGGCGCGGAGGUUGGCGUCGGGAUGCCAGAAGGCCACAAGGGUGGGUUGGGCACCUGACGACGCUCUUCUGUCGCUCGGUAACAGCUUCGGCGCGCUGGUGCAACUAGCCUCCACCUGCAUGCGAGUGCCCUGCUCGGACUGUGGAGGUUGUCAUGGCGACAUUGACGCGGAUGAAGCCUUGGGGAAGCUUGAGGAGAUCGUGGACCUGUACAAAGAGUUCGUGGCCGCCGUACAAACAGCGAGAGAAGGCGAAGGCGUCAGGCUGUUGGCCAAGCAGUGUACGGUUCUCAUCUCUACAGUCUUCACUCUCACGCAGCUGUUUAGGACACGGACGCCAGACAUAGACAACGGAAACGUACCUCUGAACUUUUAAUCUGGCUUAAAGGGUGAAACUGGACCGCAGAGAGUUGUAAAGCAGCGAUGCCUGUAAGGCAUGUAAAAAGCGAUUGUGUGCUGGCACACAAGAAUCUUUGUAAGUGCCGUGAGCAAACACACACAUCCGAGGAACUAACAAGAGAGACGUGUUCUCCUGUUUGUCUUGCCAAGUCCACAUAUAAACGUACUGGAAUUAUGCAUUCAAACGUAUUUUCUAACAGUUCUUUCAGUCCUGAUGUAUGUACAGUCUGUAGUAUGUAUUUAUUUUUUACAUACAGUAUAUGUGCACCGUGGUUUCUAACCUGCAUUUUGUGUUUUGUGAUAUCCCUACCUCUUGCUCUGAUAACCAUGGAAACCUAAUAUUAACAGUGUUAUGACGCGUUUUUACAUUUAGUUUAGUGCUGCUCUGUACCAAUUGAAUGGAGAAAGAGUACGGACGCUCUUAGAACCCCCGACAACCUGUACAACAAUCGACACUAAAUACCCUGAAUACUUAUGCAGUAACAUCUCACAAAACUAUCCAAAGGACUUUGAUUUUGUUUUUUGUCUGUAAUCCAUGUUGGACUGUAGGAUGAGAGCAGAUGGCAAUAGAAAUGUGACUGUUGUUUGGGAUUCUUGUGCGUCGGUAUGUCAUGUUGGGCUUUUGAUGUUAGUUUUUAUAUUGGCCUAUCAGCUGACUGUUAACCCCAGAGAUGGGUGUGGUCCAAAGACGUAAUAGCACAAUUGGGGCAUGUUUACACAACAGCGUCGUCACCUUGUAGCACCCCAUCCCAACGAUAUUCACACUAUUCCUAACUUGUCCUUAGUUUUUUUGACUAUGCAAGUGUCACGAUUUUUAUCUAGAAAUUUUCCAUGUAUCAUACUUUCUUACAUUUUAUACAUAAUGAAUUUUAUUUUUUUGUUGUGGAUCACUAAUAUUUUUACUUUAGAGGACUUCCCUGAUGAACCCAAGCCUUAUAUUUUAUCUCAGAGAACCUUCAUGAUAUUUCGUUCAAUGACAUCACAAUGGAAAUGCGGCAUAUAUUUAUAUUUAACUGAAUUUGCCUUCUGUUGAUUUCAGUUUGGUUGAAAAGGAUUUUCUUCCUUGUCAGCACCAAUUGUUGUGUACUCUGAACGCUCCAGUCAUGCUCCAGUGUAAAUGUGAAUGCAGAUGAGAUUUGCAGCGCAACACAACUUGCCUUCUCAGCAUCACUGAAGGGCGUUAUUGUGUAUUAGCAUAAACCGGCUUCUUUCUGGGUUUGUCAGGCGUACUAUGGUUAUGUUAGAUUGUUGAAGGUAGUUCUGUUUAUAGCUGAAUGAAAAUAUCUGCUUUAAUGCACAGACGGCUGAAGAGCGCCCCCCAUUUUUAUUGCUUCACAUUACAGCCAAAGUAACACACAAAAACACACAAAAAUGAGUUUUUAGCCAUACCCCCCCCAAAAACGCUGGGUGAAAUGUGAACCGAUGUGUAUGUAAAAAUGUGUUUAAAUGAACCUACGCUCAAUUGUUUCAAAUCUGGACAUUUUCUUGGCUAAUGUAAAUCAACGGUUGGUUUUGUUCAUAAUUUACCAAGAGUUUUUCUUGCAUAAAGUCUAAGAAUACUGUUUUUGUCACAUUCAGCAUUGAUCUACACGACUUUAGCUGGAUUAAAGCAAAUUCAGUAAGAAUCUGUUUGAGCGUAGCCUCAUAGUCUCAGACCAUUUUUUUUUGUCGUUUCUGGCGUAACGGGCGAGGUUCAAAUUCUCCUCGGCCAUUCUUAGAUCAGGUUUUAAAUUUCAGCUUCCACUCAGUGUAUGAAAAAUGACAUCACUGGAAUCACAGGAGCAAAUUGAGGUCAGUGGAUGGAUUAUGACGUCAUCACUGUUCACUUCUAAUAUGAGUUAGAGACUAGCUUCCAGAUGGCCGCUGCAUCACCCAUAUUAACCCCGCCAUCCCCACACACACACUGCCAGACUUAUGUUCUUAUGUAGCCCGUCAGAUGACACAAAGCUAGUUUGUAAGAGAUCAGUAGUGAGAAAGAACACUGAACAGUUGUUUAGUAGCACACCACAGACCAGAUUUUCAAACGGGAACAAUUUUCAUACUGAGCUACCAGAGAACAAACAUGAAAACUAAACUCUAUGAAAGCUCUCAGAAUGAUAUUAAAUAAACUGGAAACGAAUAUGUAGCAAAAAACAAACAGCUUGUUAUAGAGUUUGUGUGUUGAGACGAUUACACUUGAAAGUGAAGUGCACAGAUGGAGUUUGAAUCUGUGAAGAUGCUUUGUGGAUACAUGAGAAAGGACAACUGACAGUAUGUUUUGCAUUCCUUCCACUGUGUUCAUGAUAAUAAAAGUUUGAUUUUGAAUGACC